AUGGCCUCGCUGUCGACUCGCGGAAUUCCAUCCUACCCCAGCUACUCGGGCGGCCGCGACGGCGUCAUAUGCGCAUGGGACCUCCACCUCGACCUCACCAAGAGCGACGAAGAGCGCGACCCCUUCGCCGACACCAAUUCGACCACGUACAAGCCGCCGCCGACGCAGUUCCGCAGCCAGGUCCAGGCGCACACGCACUGGGUCAAUGAUAUUGUGCUCGCCCAGGACAACCAGGCACUCGUCUCUGCCUCCUCGGACAUUACCGUAAAGGUAUGGCGACCUGCCGCGUCCGACCCAAUCCCGCCGCAGACCAUCGGCCUACAUAGCGACUACGUUAAGCGCGUUGCAUCGCCAGGCGGAAAUGAGAACUGGGUUGCUUCAGGCGGCCUCGAUCACAAGAUCAGCCUGUGGGAUCUCAAUGGCGCCGGCAAGAAGCUGCAGAUUGCAGUGGGCGAGGAUGAGAACACCGCCAAGGGCUCCGUGUACGCCCUGGCUGUGACGCCGAACAUCAUCGCCAGCGGUGGGCCAGAAAGCAUCGUGCGAGUAUGGGACUCGCGAACCGGCAAGCGCAUCACCAAGUUUGUCGGACACACGGACAACGUGCGGGACAUCCUGAUAGCGCAGGACGGCGACACCAUCUUGACCGGUUCGUCUGACCAGACUGUGAAGGUAUGGUCCAUGACGGCCGGAAGAUGCAUGUACACGCUCACCAUGCACAACGACAGCGUGUGGUCGCUCUUCUCAGACUGCCCACAGCUGUCCGUCUUCUACUCGUCCGACCGAUCUGGCGUGGUCGCCAAGAGCGAUGUGCGCAACUGCGCAGAGAUGGAUGAAGGUCUGUCUGUAGCAGUGUGUCAGGAACACGAGGGUGUCAACAAGCUCGCGGUUGCCGGAGACUACAUCUGGACUGCCACGUCCAGCUCAAGCAUCAACAGGUGGAAUGACGUCGAAACAGCCACCGAAGUUGAGCUCCCCGAGUCCUACAAGUGGCAGAAGAGCUCCACGCGAUCACGAUACCCAUCUCCUCCCGCUUCGAGCCCGAAGAUUGGCAGCACAACUGAAAAGAUACCGUUCAAGGCAUUGUUGCGCAUGGCGAACACUGCGCCCUUCCCACAGUUGUCUGUGAAGGACCCCGAGGCUGCUACAAUUGCAAGCUCGCGGAAACCAGCUGAGGUCCUGGCGGCUCCAGAUCAUGCCAUCUUUGCGCCAGUACGGGGCCUGCCCGACCACUCGAUAGAAGGACAAAAUGGCUUGAUCAAGCACCAUUUGCUCAACGAUCGCCGGAGAGUGCUCACGUUGGACACGGCAGGCGAAGUCAUGCUGUGGGAUUUGCUGCAGUGUGCCCCUAUCAAGUCCUUUGGCAAGAAGCAUCUCGAAGACGUUGUACCAGAAGUAAACACUCGCGAGAGCGUAGCACACUGGUGCGGUGUCGACACUCGGAUAGGAACCCUAACAUGCGUGCUGGAAGAGAACCACUGCUUUGACGCUGAAAUGUACGCCGAUGAGCUGCAAUUAGAAGAGCCAAUUGACUUCCGCGAAGACCAUCGAAUAAACCUUGGCAAGUGGAUAUUACGAUAUCUGUUCUCAAACCUCAUUGACGAAGAGAUUAAACGCGACGAGACUUUCCGCACAAGUCUGCUUUCUCAGAAGGAGGAAAGCCAUCCGGGCCGACCUACGAACAUAACAAUACCUGCGAUGAAUGUCAAUGGCUGGAAUGAAGCAUCUUCAGGGCCGACGUCUGUGUCUACAAUCAAGGCCAACGGAGCGCACGUGCCGCAUACUCCAGGUCUGGCUAUUGGACUGGCAACUCCGAUGGGACAUCCUCAGAGUGCAGGACGAAACUCACAACAUAACCCAUACCUUACUCCGACGACCGAAGAAGGCUCACAACUCGAGAAGACUCAGACACAGAGAAGUUCCAUGAACGGAGCUGAGCCUGACUACUUCGGCCAGGUGACUUCUGCCACGAAUGGGAAUGCUAACGGGAACGGAAAGCCUGCUGCUGCAACCGAAGGUGCUGCUGAAGCCAAAGAGGAGACUGUUUCUUCGCCCACCGAGCCCGACACACCAGCUAAGAAGGGCAAGGGCAUGUUCGGCAAGAAGUUCGGAUUCAACAAGAAGUUGUUCAGUACAGGAACCGCCGUCGUUGAGCCAGCGAAACCCGCGGUAGUAGACGAAAAAGCUGAAGACAGCGAUUCGCGCUCGAACAAAACAGACGAGAAAGUUUUUGAGGACAAUUUCUCUGGGGUCAUACAGAGGAUACGGCAGGGCUACGAAGAGCAGUUGGCAGUAGGUGCAAACAAGCUUGAGAGCCAAAUCACGCCGAGCUUGCCGAAUGAAACACCAGUGCUGAAGCCGCCUGCUAGCACAACAAUAUUGAUACAAGAAGAUAGACCCGAAGCCGGUGGAGUAGCAGAUCUGUUCGAAGGCAAAGUUGGCUCCCUUGGCCAACAGGCCGAUCUGAUCGAGAAAGCAGCACCAAUGUGGCUGGCCGAAGUGCUACUACGCAACGCCCUUCCGCCAAAAGACAUAGUCAAAGUAUCCUUCAUACUCGAACCCUUCCAAAACCUGCUUCCAAGCAUCUCAUCCGACGGGUACCUCCCCUUCUCCAUACCCUUCGAGCAAGCGGCGAAAGCUAAUUCGAAACUCAGCAACAACCGCCUCAACGCAAAUCGCAUGCUGCGCGCCCGCAAGAUUCUGGGGUACGUCGCGGAAAGGAUCGAGGCGCCGCCAACCAAAGAGGAGGCGGAGGCAGAGGACAGACUGAAGCCUGAGGAGUAUUUAGAAUUGUGGUGUCAUGGACAGCUUAUUCCGCCAACUAUGACCCUGGCCUCUCUCCGAGCUCACGUCUGGCGUGGCGGUGGCGACGUCCUACUCUACUACAAGGCCAACGGCCGCAAAGAGAUCAAGCCGCCUGUACCUCACCCUGGUCUCCCUUUCAUGCAGCCUGGUGCAUCGUCUAACGCGAGUAAUCUCUCUGGCCCUGGAUCGAGUAAUGCGAGCGAAGGCAAAGCGAGCAGCGAAGCGGAUAGGCACAGUCAACCUCGAGGCGUUCUUGCUGGUGAAGGGAACGCUGCUUUUGGUCCUUAA